CGGAUGGAGGAACCUGUGGACAUGGCGGAGGCUGAGGCGAGCUCGGCUGCAGCCCAAGAGGCCAAGCCCGACGCGAAGACUUUGCAGAUCCUCCGAGACAUGGCCAACCGCCUGCGCAUCCGCUCCAUCAGAGCCUCAUGCGCUUCGAGCUCCGGCCACCCCACAUCGUGCAGCAGCGCUGCUGAGAUCAUGUCUGUGCUCUUCUUCCAUGUCAUGAGAUACAAGCAGGCAGACCCGGAGAGCCCGGACAACGACCGAUUCAUCCUCUCCAAGAGACUGUCAUUUGUUGAGGUGGCAACCAAAUGGGUCGGACAAGGACUGGGAGUGGCAUGCGGGAUGGCAUACACUGGCAAGUACUUUGACAAGGCCAGCUACCGCGUGUACUGCCUCAUGGGAGAUGUGGAGUCCUCAGAGGGCUCCGUCUGGGAGGCCCUGGCCUUUGCCUCCUACUACAAUCUGGACAACCUGGUAGCCAUCUUCGAUGUGAACCGCCUGGGCCACAGCUGCACUUUGCCCCUCGAGCACUGCAUUGAACUCUACCAGAAGCGCUGUGAAGCCUUUGGGUGGAACACUUACGUGGUGGACGGCCGCGAUGUGGAAGCACUGUGCGAGGUGUUCUGGCAGGCAACCCAGGUGAAGAACAAGCCCACUGCCGUGGUGGCCAAGACCUUCAAGGGCCGAGGCCUCCCAAGUGUUGAGGAUUCAGAGAACUGGCACGGAAAGCCUAUGCCAAAAGAGAGAGCAGAUGCGAUCAUCAAGCUGAUUGAGAGCCAGAUCGAAACCAACCGCAAUCUGGAUCCAAAGCCUCCUAUUGAGGAUUCACCAGUUGUCAACAUCACUGACAUAGAAAUGACCUCUGCGCCUGCUUACAAUGUUGGCGACAAGAUAGCUACUCGAAAAGCGUGUGGCUUGGCUCUGGUUAAAUUGGGCCAUGCCAACGACAGAGUUGUGGUGCUGGAUGGCGACACCAAGAACUCCACCUUCUCCGAGUUGUUCAAGAAGGAGCACCCUGAGCGCUUCAUUGAGUGUUUCAUUGCUGAGCAAAACAUGGUGAGUGUGGCACUGGGUUGCACCACCCGUGGGCGAACCGUCGCUUUUGCCAGCUCCUUCUCUGCUUUUCUGACCCGAGCAUUCGAUCAGCUCCGCAUGGGUGCUCUCUCGGAAUCCAAUGUCAACCUCAUUGGCUCCCACUGCGGGGUGUCCAUAGGUGAAGACGGCCCCUCCCAGAUGGCCCUGGAGGACCUGGCCAUGUUCCGAGCUAUUCCUAACUGCACCAUCUUCUACCCGAGUGACGCGGUGUCCACUGAGUAUGCUGUCUUCCUGGCAGCCAAGACCAAGGGGAUGUGCUUCAUUAGAACCAGCCGUCCAGAAACUGCGGUUCUUUACACCCCACAGGAUAGCUUCGCAGUUGGGCAGGCCAAGAUUGUGCGCCACAGUGUCGACGACAAGGUCACGGUUAUUGCAGCUGGAGUGACUCUCCAUGAAGCCUUGCUAGCCGCUGACGAACUCGCCAGGAAAGAUAUCGCUAUUCGUGUCAUCGACCUGUUCACAGUCAAACCUCUGGAUGUGAUCACCAUUAUCACCAGUGCCAAAGCCACAGGCGGACGUGUUGUCACCGUGGAGGACCACCACCCAGAAGGUGGCAUCGGAGAAGCCGUCUGUGCAGCUGUCGCCAUGGAGCCUGACAUUGUGGUUGAACAGCUGGCAGUGGUAGGAGUGCCUCGGAGCGGAAGGUCAAGUGAACUGCUGAAUAUGUUUGGGAUCGGUGCCAGUCAGAUCAUACAGGCUGUGGAGAACCUUCUGGAGAUGGACUAGAGAGCUUUUCAGCCCACAAUGGAGGCUGCUGUCAGGCCGGCGCUAAGGCCUGCAUUGUUUUACUGCUGUUCUUUUAAAAGUUAAUGAUCUUUCUAUUCAGUCAUAACUCCACACAGAGUUUGGAGGGAAGAAGUGAGUGUGCCAUCUUAAGUGACAAGAGUUAACAAGAGCACUGUUGCUGGAAUGUUAAGGUGCAGAAAAUUGGGCUGGCAGGCAGCAGCAGGCCACAGCUUUGGGGUCAAGUGAGUUAGGGUGAAGUCGGUGGGCUGCGUGGCCAGGGUGUGUCACCCUGCGUGCUGUGAGUGGAGUGGGCCUGGAGAUGCCCGCAAUGUUUGCCUGCUUGAAGCAUCAGUGAAAGCUUUUGAGGGGUCCUGUGCUGCAUGUGAAGGGAGGACACGUUGACUCUAGUCCCCACACUGCCCUUGGGAAAGGGUCAAGUAUCUGGUUUGCCCAGCCACCAUACCAGCCUGCGAGCUACUGAGGAUACUGGUUGAAGUUCAUGUUAAUAAAGCAUUCAAAAGCA